UCAGUUUUGUUGGUACCUUGUUUACUUAUGCCAUGAGCCAAAUUGCAUGUCGUCUCCAUAUACUUUGCUAUAUUUAUAGCUGUAUUAUUUAAAAUAAUUUCUCUUAAGACUCUUAUUAGUAUCACAAAGAGGGGAAGGGGAAAAAGAGAUAAUUUUGGCCAUGGGGAAUUGAUUUGCAAAAUUAUGCAAAGACCCUUCUCUACCAAAUUAGUAUUAAAGCCACUGCUUCAGAAACCUUCAGCCAUAAUCUCAAUUCACAAUGCCUCCAAUUUUCAGCCAUGUUUCUCAAUCGAUGACCAAGCUCCAUCCACCGCCAUCCGAACGGCUCUUGCCGGCGGCGGCCACACCGCCGACUUGGCUCUAGCCGAGGCCUUUCGGGCGCUCAAAUGCAACCCAAAUGGCUACGCUUUGGUUCAACUGGUUCGAGCCUGCACGAGCCAUGCCUUAGAUUCCUGUGGCCACCAGCUUCACAGCUACAUUCUGCGAUCUGGGUUUGCUUCUAACGUCUUCGUGGGCACAGCCAUGGUCAAUUUCUACAUCAAAACUGAGUCCUUUGAUAGUGCCCAUAAGCUGUUUGAUGAAAUGCCUCAACCAAGUUUGGUUACUUGGAACUCCUUGAUUUCUGGUUAUGUUCAUUGUGGCCAGUUUCGCAAGGCUUUGUGUUUGUUUAUUCAGCUUGAUGGGUCUGGAAAUCUUGUGGAUUCAUAUUCUUUGUCUAUAGCUUUGAGUGCCUCUGGUCAUCUGGGUUGGCUGAUAUUGGGGCAGUCGAUUCAUUCAAAAGUUAUAAAGCUUGGUUUGGAAGACAGUACGGUUGUUGCUAAUUGUUUGAUUGACAUGUAUGGAAAAUGUGAGUCUUUUGAAGGGGCAGUUGAAGUGUUUAAUGACAUGAUAGGUAAGGAUACAAUUUCAUGGAAUUCAGUUAUUGCAGCCAGUGCUAGAAACGGAAGGCUAGAACAGGCGUCGAGAUAUUUGCAACAAAUGCCUCGACCCGACACUAUAUCAUUUAAUGAACUGAUAAAUGGUUAUGCUCAAUUUGGAGAUAUUGAAUAUGCUGUAGAAAUUCUAUCAAAGAUGGAUAGUCCAAACUCUUCGUCUUGGAAUGCAGUGCUAACAGGAUAUGUCGAUAGGGAUGAAACAUGGGAAGCUCUGAGUUUCUUCACUAAAAUGCACUCGUGCGAUGUCCGGAUGGAUCAAUUCACAUUUUCAAGCAUUUUGAGUGGCGUUGCAGGGCUCUCAGCAUUGAAAUGGGGUUUGGCAAUCCAUUGUUGCAUUACUAAAUGUGGUUUAGAUACAUCGACUGUUGUUGGCAGCGCCCUAAUCAGUAUGUACUCGAAAUGUGGGCAUGUGAACUAUGCGGAAAUGAUAUUUCAGUCAUUGCCCAAGAAGAACUUGGUAUCUUGGAAUGCAAUGAUCUCAGGUUUGGCUCACAAUGGCAAAACAAUGGAAGUGAUCCAUCUUUUUGAGAAGCUAAAAAUGACGAAAGAUGUAAAACCUGAUAACAUCACAUUUCUCAACAUUCUGCUAUCAUGUUCAGAUAAUCAGGUUCCAUUGGAAGCCACAAUGCAGUACUACAAAUCAAUGGUUGAGGAUUAUGGUAUCAAACCAACUAUCGAGCACUGUUGUACUAUGGUUAGGCUAAUGGGACAGAGAGGGGAUGUAUAUGGAAGCAAGAGGCUAAUACAUGAAUUAGGGUUUGAUUCGAGCGGACCAGUUUGGCGAGCACUUCUGGGUGCUUGUGGCGUUUUGAGGGAUUUAAAACUAGCAAAGGUAGCAGCAGCAAAAGUAAUAGUGUUAGGGGCUGCUGAUGAUUAUGUAUAUGUUAUGAUGUCUAACAUUUUUGCAUCCCAUGGAAAAUGGAGAGACGUGAAAUUAGUUAGGGAGUUGAUGAGAAAUAAAGGGGUUAGAAAAGAAACUGGAUAUAGUUGGUUGAUUGAGAUGGAAAACGAAUUUGUUUUAUCAUACUAGUUCAUUUCGAACAAUCUUUAAAACAAGAAUUAGGUGCAUAUUUAGACAUUUGUUUGCAUAAGCUUCCAAGAUUUCCUAUAGAGAUUUGGCUAUUAAUGAAUACAACCCAACUAAGAUUUUUCUUUGAGUUCAA